AAUUAUACUCGAAAUGGAUAUGACCUCAACAGCGGAGGCUGCCGCUCGCAGCUGGUACGACAGUCCGCGCUUAGGCGGCGGCGGCGGCGGUGGCGGCGGCGGUUCACCCCAAACAAAUGGCCUGGGCAGCGCCGGCAGCAGCCUGGCCCAUAGCCAUCACAGCCUGUCCAGCGGCGCCUCAUCGGCGGGCAGCAGCGUUGGUGCCGCUCUGGGCGGCGGUACUGGCGGCGCCGGCCUCGGACUGGAUACCAGCGACAUGAGCGCCUUCUAUGCGCUCGAAAGCAAUGGACACCAUCGACGCUACUAUCCCAGCUAUCAUCAGCACACAUCCCGCAUGCCCUCCUCACAUGCCUCGUCCCAAGUGUGCCGGCCACACUUUCAUCCGCCGCUCAGUCCCUGGCUGACCAGCGAGCACAAAUCGUUUGCACCCGCCAGCGCUUGGGGCAUGGGUCAGUUCGCCUGCCCCCAGGAGCCGCAGGUGGAGCAUAAACUGGGCCAGGUGGGCCAAAGCCAUCAGACGACGGCGGCCGGCCAGCAUUCGUUUCCAUUCCCACCGACACCGCCAAAGGACUCCACGCCCGACUCAGUACAAACCGGCCCAUCCGAGUACCAGGCCGUGAUGAACGCCUUCAUGCAUCAACAGGCCACGGGCUCUACCUCACUGACGGACGCCAGCUGUGCGCUGGACAUCAAGCCCUCCAUACAGAAUGGCGGCGCAGCUGCAGCGCAUGCGGCCAGCGCUGGACCGGCGCAAUCUGCGCCCAAGCAGCGCGAAGGUAGUACUAACAACAACAACAAUAAUACAAAUAGCUCAAAUAGCAGCAGCAACGGCAGCAGCGCCGGCAACCAAGCGCCGCAGCAGCAGCAGCAGCAACAGCAGCAGCAGCAGCAAAGCAACAACAGCAAUGCCUCCUCAUCCGCCUCCGCCUCAACGUCGAACGGUCUGUUCGAUGGCACUGCCCAGGCGCACUAUGCGGCCAACAAUGCCAACAGCUAUGACAGCAGUUAUGCCUCGUAUCAUCAUGCGGCGGCGCAGCAUCAGGCGGCUGUUGCCGCUGCCAACAUGUUCCAAAGUUCCUCCGUGGCAGCGGCCGCUGUGCGGCAUAGCAUGGGUGCCGCAGCGGCAGCGGCGGCGCACCAUCAUCACCACCACAGUCAUAGUCAUCAUCAUGGUGCGUCCGGCUCCGCGUCUGGCAGCGGCAUUGCGGGGCUGCAUGGCAGCGGCGGUGGCAGCGGCAGCGGCGGCGGCGGCAUUGGCAUGAGCGGCAUGGGCAGCGCCAUGAGCAGCGGCGGUCACAGCAGCUCAAGUGGUGGAGGCGCUGGCGGCGUCGGACUCGAUGUGAAGCCUGUGCGCACAAAGCCCCGGACCAGUGCUGAGGGUCGCGAGUGUGUGAACUGUGGCGCCACCUCCACGCCGCUGUGGCGACGGGACGGCACUGGACAUUAUCUGUGCAAUGCCUGUGGCCUGUACUACAAAAUGAACGGACAGAAUCGACCGCUGAUCAAGCCAAAGCGAAGACUGACACUACAGUCGCUGCAGAGCGCGGCCAAGCGGGCGGGCACAUCCUGCGCCAAUUGCAAGACCACAACCACAACCCUUUGGCGGCGCAAUGCCAGCGGCGAGCCUGUGUGCAAUGCCUGCGGAUUGUACUACAAGCUGCACAAUGUCAAUCGUCCACUUACCAUGAAAAAGGAGGGCAUACAAACGCGUAAUCGCAAGCUCAGCUCCAAGUCAAAGAAGAAGAAGGGCCUAGGCGGCGGUUGUCUACCAAUUGGCGGACAUCUGGGCAUGGGCGAUUUCAAGCCGCUUGAUCCGUCCAAGGGCUUUGGCGGCGGCUUCUCGGCCUCCAUGGCGCAACAUGGACACCUUUCCAGCGGGCUGCAUCCGGCACAUGCGCAUAUGCAUGGCAGCUGGUAUACCGGCGGCAUGGGCGCAUUGGGCGCCUCUGGUGGACUCCAGGGUGGCUUCUCCACGGCCGGUUCACUGGGCGGCGGCGUUGUGCCGCACUCUCAGCCCUAUCACUUGGGUCUCAGCUCGAUGGGCACUUGGCGCACUGACUACACGUGAUGGAGCGGGAACAAUUUGAACAACAACUUGUUCAGCUAGAGCGCCGAUUUGUAAACUGACUUGAUUUCCAAACAAACACAAUGCCAAACUGAGGACUCUCCCUUCGCAGCCAUUUGACCAGAGCACAAGCAACAGCAGCAGCAGGAGCAGAAGCAACGCGUCAGAACCUUCAAGCAGGCAGGAGCCACAUCUGUUGAUCUCCUAGCUUAUCUUUGCGGGAAGUGCGGGCGGUGUGCUCGCUGGUCAAGUGCUGGCUAUUCCUAAUUGUAAACAUUGCGUGCAAUUUUUAAUUAUUUAAGUUUUCGUCGUUGUCGGCCA